UGAUUACUCUCCAAAAAUAACUUAUUCAUUCUCAUUCAUUUUAACAAUUUCAAUUUUGCCGGUCGAAUCGUUCUCGUUCUUGUUCUCUGAAAUUGUUAAUUUCUUUGUAGUUUAGAUAAAUAUAAUUAUAUAGAAUAGAUUAAGAUUUCUAUUCAAACAUAAAUUGUUAAGAUGAUUGUAAAAAUUAGUUUACUGUUGGCACUUUUGUGUCCUGCAAUAGUUUUUGCCGAUUCUGAAGAAAAUUUCGCAAUAGCACUUUCCCCCGAGACAUUCGACAAUGCAAUCAAGGAAAACAAUCAUUUCAUCAUGUUUUUUGCUCCUUGGUGCGGCCACUGCAAACGUCUCCAUCCACUAUGGGAACAAUUGGCUGAGAUGAUGAACGUUAAAGAAGAUGCGAAAGUUAUAAUUGCCAAGGUUGAUUGUACUGAACACCAAAAGUUGUGUGCUCAAAAUGAAGUCACAGGUUAUCCAACACUAAGGUUCUUUAAACUAGGCGAAACAGAAUCAGUCAAAUUCAAGGGUAGUCGUGACAUGCCAGCUAUGACAGAAUUUAUUCAGCAACAACUUGGCUCUGAAAACGAAAUCCCAACUGAAGAUGACAGCGAGAAUGAAAUUGAACAAGAUGCUCCUUCAGCAAAGAAGUUGGUUGAGCUCACCGAAAAUAAUUUCGCUAGUCAUGUUUCUAGCGGUAAUCAUUUUGUUAAAUUCUACGCACCAUGGUGUAGUCAUUGUCAACGAUUGGCUCCAGUUUGGGAUGAACUUGCAAACUCGCUUAAAGAUGAGACCUCUGUUUCAAUUGCCAAAAUCGAUUGUACCCUUUAUCGUCCAAUCUGUCAAGACUUUGAAGUUAAGAGCUAUCCAAUAUUGCUUUGGAUCGAAGAUGGAAAGAAAAUUGAAAAAUAUUCAGGCUCAAGAAGCUUAGGAGAUUUUCAGGCAUAUGUAAAGAAAAUGCUCGGAGGUUCAGCCAAAAAGAACGAGGUUGAUGAUUCUGGCGCUGAUGAAAAGGAUGAAGAUCCUACUGGUGUUGUCCAACUUAGUGGUGAAGCCUUUGAAAAUACAGUGAAAAAUGGAAUAACAUUCGUUAAAUUCUAUGCACCAUGGUGUGGUCAUUGUCAGAAAUUGAGCCCAGUUUGGGAUCAAUUGGCAGCAAAGACUCAUUCUAAAAAUCUUGGAAUUAAAAUUGCCAAGGUCGAUUGUACUCAGUCGGAAAAUAAGGAACUCUGCCAAGAGCAACAAGUAGAGGGCUAUCCUACUUUGUUUGCUUAUAAAAAUGGUGAUAAAUUGAGUGAAUACGAGGGCGGUCGGUCCCUGGAAGACUUGAAUAACUAUAUUGUCAAGCUCGUUGGUCACGAUGAGCUGUAAGUCUAUUCAUCAAAUUCAUCAAAGAAAUUAAAUUAAAAAGCAUUUCAAUUCACAUCUUAAAUCGAUUGUGUGAUAUUCCGUUGUUUGUUUUUUUUUUUGUUUAGACAUUCGAUAUGCUAUUUAAGAACACGUAGAAAAGUUUUUUUUUUCGAAUAAAUAUAAAAGAAAGUAAUAAAUUUGACCUUUUCUAAACCUUG